UGUUGUUAAUGCCGGCGCCCAACAGACAACUACUGCUCGAGUUGUUGGCAUUGUUUGAGAAAGUGCUUCAAAACAGUGCCACAAAUCGUAUGAGUUCUCUAAGCUUAGGCACACUCUUCACUCCCCAUGUGUUGUGUCCGAGAAGUUUCUCUGCCAUUGAAUUGCAACAGAAUUUGCAUUCAUUGACCGAAACGUUGAUAUAUAUGAUCGACAACUCGCACGUCAUGUGUCGACCGCCGCAACAGCUGCUCAUUGAUGUCAACAAACAGCUCGAACUCAUAGAGCGCUCCAGAAAUAAGAGCACCACUUCUCUGGCGGCCGUCAACACCGCUCAUCAGUUCUGUGUCGCCAACAGUGACACCAAUUCCGAUGACUUCACCGCCAAUCAGGUGGCCCAACUCUACGCUUACAUCCAAAGUAUGCCUAACUCUGGAACUCCGAUGAAGAAGAAGUGGAUUAAGCGUUUC